UGGAAGUAGGCUGUCCUGGUAAACUGCUAAUAAUAUGCAGUCUAACCUCUCUUAAAUGUUAACCUUAUGAAAUAGAAAAGCUUAAAAUAAGACUAAAUAAAUAGGAAAUCUAGUACUACUCUUAAGGAAUAGGAGAAUUCCUUGAAUUCACUGAUUCAGAUGAGCUUUGUAAAAACUAGUAGUUUGUGUUAACCUACUCCAGGCCUCGAAUAUUUGCACGAGUUGUACUUUUAUUACAACCAAACACAGCAUUUUGAGGUGAAAUAAUAAUGUCCCGAAGCAAUUUUAAUUUUUUCAACUUCAUAAAAGGUCAAAUAAAACAAUACAGUGAAAACCAACUUGCUGGGGCAUGUUGGGGGGAAAUGCCCCUAUUUUCCAUUUAACAGCAUGCCUUUUUAAAAGUCUGCACUGAGCUUCUCUUUGAAAUUUCUACACAUAAUUGAUUUCUUGCAGAACUCAUCAGUCUGCCUGACACAGAUCACAAGGGCUCAAUCACGCGCUCAAAAACUCCACAUGUAACGCAUCCAAAUGUCUCCUUCCUUUUUAGAUUCCUGCUUUCUGAAUGAAGUCUUCCCUUCGGUAUAAGUUACUGCAAAAAACAGCGACAUCCAUCUGCUGCAAACUGCCAUAUUAUUGAAAGAAUGUUUACAGUGUCAUUCAUUAGGAGCCUAUUUGUGUCAGCAGUCGUUGCCCAGCAGGCGUCCCUCAGUGUGCCGGGGGUUCAGGUGUGUGUUGCUCCCACUUGACUGAGAGACAAGAGCAGACAAGUUCAGUCAGCUGUCCACAUGCUGCAGACCAGAUCUCAGGAGACGAAGCAUGAUUUUGGAACAGUCGCUGUGCUGUAACAUUGCAUGAAGACCGUACAAGUUGCCACAUGCAGCUGCCAAUUAGCUAGAGGCCUGUGGCAGUUCAGACUGAUGAAGUGAUAUUUACAGGAGGAGAAAGGAGAGGACAGAAAUAUGAUGAAAUGAUUGUGAUGUUUCUUGGAAUUUAUUAGAGCCAGAAGUGCGUGUUUGUGUGUAUUUGGUGAACCAGGGUUCAGUUUGUGUUCAUGAUGAGGAAAUUAAACCACUUUUGAACUACAUGCAAUUUUAUGCAUCAUUAAUAAUAGAUAAUACUACUUUGGUGUUUGUAAAAAUGAUUAAGAAUUGAGAAUUCUUUCUUGUGUAUGUUUCACAUUGAAUAAAGAUGCCAUCAGCUGGUCUCGGCAACCCAAAGUCCUGCUCUUCACUUUGGCACCGUUGAAUCUGUUGGGCUGCACAUCUCCCUGGAGACCACAUAAGAUACCUGCCACACGUUGCUGCUUCCUUUGCUGUCUGCUGUAGAGAGAGGGCUCUCACAACUCCCUUCUGUGUUUUCAUAGCAUGGAAAUCAGACGUUUUUUGCUUGGAUUAUGCACCUUUUUCUUCCUCUACCGAUCUCUUUCAGCAGAGUCCACAUGCAAGCUGAAGGCCAAGUUCAACCUGAGUGGCUACAAGGAUGUAGAGAAGAAGACGGUCGUUAUUGGGGGGAUGUUUCCAGUUCACAAGCGCAUUGCUUCCAGUGAUGGCAACACUUCAAGGGUGCCCGUCUCUGCGGGGUGUGAGGGAUUUAACCUCCGAACCUUCCGCUGGACCCAAACAAUGCUGUUUGCCAUCAGUGAAAUCAAUGAAAGGACUGAUUUGCUGCCCAACACUGACCUGGGUUACGUCAUCUACGACUCUUGCUUCACCAUCUCUAAAGCCGUAGAGGGCGCCCUGACCUACCUGACAGGCCAAGAUGAAGCUGUGCCCAACUACAGAUGUGGCACUGGGGCGCCUCUGGCUGCCCUAGUGGGCGCUGGGGGCUCCGAUCUCUCCGUUGCCACUGCCAGGAUGCUUGGACUUUAUCACUUUCCACAGGUCAGUUAUUCUUCAACUUGCUCUGUGCUGAACAGUAAGUUCCAGUUCCCCACCUUCUUAAGGACCAUUCCCAAUGACAAGCACCAGUCUACAGCUAUGGCCCGGGUGGUGCUACACUUUGGCUGGACCUGGGUGGGCACCAUAGCUGCGGAUGAUGAUUAUGGAAAGUACGGCAUUAGAGACUUCAAGGAGCAGGUGGAGGAAGCCGGAGUCUGCAUCUCCUUCUCUGAGACGCUGCCCAAGGUGAGUUCCCCAGAGGCCAUCCAGCGUAUCGUUCAAACUGUGGUUGAGUCCACAGCCAAGAUCAUCGUGGUCUUCUCAUCAGACGUGGACCUCAGUCCUCUCAUUGCUGAGCUGCUCCAGCACAAUGUGACCAACCGCACCUGGAUAGCCAGCGAGGCCUGGGUCACCUCCGCUCUCAUCAACCAGCCUGGGGUGAGCUCAGUCCUGGCUGGUACUUUGGGUUUUGGGGUGAGGAGGGCUGAUAUCCCUGGUCUUCAGCGCCAUCUACUGGAUCUGGACCCCUACGCUGACUCAAUCACUGAGGAAUUCUGGGAGACGGUGUUUAACUGCACAUUGGAUUAUGGAAAAGCACAGAGGUUGGCCAAACAGAGGGCCAAGGAGGUGAACGGCACACUAUCCAGAGCAGUGAGGGGGGUUCCCGAUGGUCUCUGUACUGGGAGUGAGUCUCUGGCACAACUUAAUACCACCUACUCUGACGUCUCCCAGCUACGAAUCACCUACAGUGUGUACAAAGCAGUGUAUGCUGUGGCCCACGCCUUGCACAACCUGGAGCACUGCAAACAAGGAAAGGGGCCGUUCAUUGGGAACAGUUGUGCAGAUAUCACUGAUUUUGAGCCAUGGCAGCUGAUGUACUACAUGAAGAAUGUGCGUUUCAAAGUGCCCAACACAGAGGAGGAGAUCUACUUUGAAGACGGGGACAUAGAGGGCUUCUAUGACAUCAUUAACUGGCAGGUCAAUAGUAAUGGGGACGUAUCUUAUGUCACUGUUGGACGCUACAAUGGCUCGGCAGCCCAGGAGGACAGAAUCCACAUAAUGAAUGACUCUAUUGUGUGGAACAAUGAGGUGUUGGAGCCUCCUCGAUCAGUGUGCAGUGAGAACUGCCAGCCGGGUACCAGGAAGGGGAUCCGACAGGGGGAGCCAGUCUGCUGCUUCGACUGUAUCCCGUGUGCUGAUGGAGAGAUCAGCAACACAACCAAUGCUCGUGAAUGUAUCCUCUGCAGUGGAGAUUACUGGUCCAAUGAAGCUCAUGACACCUGUGUACCAAAAAUCAUUGAGUUCCUGGCCUUUGGAGAACCGCUGGGAAUCACUCUCAUCGUCAUCUCUGCCUUUGGAGCCUUAGUCACCAUUGCUGUUGGGGUGGUGUUUGUUGUGCACAUUGGAACCCCUCUGGUGAAAGCCAACGAUGCUCUGUUGAGUUUCUCUCUGCUCUUCUCGCUGGUGGUGACCUUCCUCUGCUCCAUCGUCUUCAUCGGAGAGCCGCAGCGCUGGAGCUGCAUGACCAGCCAAGUAGCCUUGGCUCUGGGCUUCGCUCUCUGCCUGUCCUCUAUCAUGGGUAAAGCAGCAGUGUUGAUGCUGAGAGCUCAGACCCUGAAAGCAGCACGAGCCAGAGCCAAAGCAGCUGCCAAAGCUGCAAAAGCAGCAGCUGAAGAAGCAGCCAGCAGCGGCAGUCCUGAUGUCAUCGUAACUAACAUAACCAACAACGAUGUCAAUACCUGUCCAAACCCUGAAGUUGACUCUCUCACUUGUGCCCACCAGAGGGCGAUAGCUGCCUUGGCAACGUUAAUACAGGCUAUAGCGUGCACAGUGUGGCUCAUCAUCCUCCCUCCAUACCCCAUCAAGAACACCUCUGCCCAGAAUAUAAAGAUCAUUCUCGAGUGUGACGAAGGCUCAGUGGUCUUCAUCUGCUGCAUCUUCGCUUAUGACAUCCUGCUGGCUCUGCUGGCCUUCGUCUUUGCCUUCAUAGCCCGCAAACUGGAGGACCACUUCAGUGAGGCAAAGUGCAUGACCUUUGGCAUGCUGGUCUUCUUCAUCGUCUGGAUCUCCUUUGUCCCUGCUUACCUCAGCACACGGGGCAAGUUCAUGGUCGCCGUCCAGAUUUUUGCCAUCCUGGCUUCCAGCUUCGGCCUGCUGACCUGCAUCUUCCUGCCCAAGUGCUACGUUCUCUUGAUUAAACCUGAACGCAACACAGAGGAGAUGAUGAGGCCUCGCGCCAAACCUCGGGACGGGACCUCGACCGGGACCUCAGCCUCUCUGGCUACAGCUGGUACUGAGGUCAAUUCUACGAUUGCAUCCACUGCUAUUGAUGAUUAGGAGAGAAAUAAUAACUAAACUGAGCCACAGAGUUAUAAAAAAAAAAUGUUUAACCAACCUGCCAAUUAGGGUUUCUAGUCUAACAAUUCACGUAAUUAUCAUGUUUGGUCUGUGCUUCAUAAAUAACAUAUAUUACUCAGAAACUAUCUAUGUGCAUGUUGACUGAAUGUCUGCACCUUUGCAUAUAAUGGGGAUGAUUUUAAUAACCAAUAUUCAUGAGGAAAGAAAACUGCUACCUCAACAAUUACUAAAUAUUUUAAAAAAAAUGAGUAGAUCAAAAUAUGAAGCUGACUGAUAGGAAAAAGCAGGACAUUUGUAAACAUACAUUAUUUCAAAAUGACAUAAUUUUGCCUUUACUUGCUUCAUUAUGAUGUCUGUAGCGUAAGCUCUGCAAAAACAUAUUUUAACAAGCUCAGACUCUUUCUGUAAAUGCAGCUGUUGUUUGAAUGUGUUAGUGGAAUUAAAACUAAGGCAACAUUUACCUCAUAUCCUGCUGCUGCACCUCUAGUUUCAGACUGAUGUCAAACACAUCUGGCAGUUUAAAGCUGCACACGUUUAGCUUGUGUUGUUCAAACUCUGUGUAUAAAAUGUACACUUCCUAUUACCAUAAUAGCCUAUGAACGUGAUACAUAUUAGUUUCUCACAGUACAUUUAAUAUUGAUUAUAAAUGUUAUUUUCAGGCACUAUAGUGUGUGUUUUUCUUGUUAAAGCAAUAAAUAUUUUUUUUUUGUUCAGUCCUGGG